GGAUGACGUGAACUCGUCAUCAUUCUGCUGAUUUUAAAUGUUUACAAACUUUCACCGCUCGCAGUCUGCUCGAACCACCACAUCAACGGGCAGGAGAAAUGUGGAGGUGAAAAGUGAGGAGUCCAGCAGCGAGAGGGUUGAGUUGACAGUGGGGGGGGUGAAAACAUCCAAACCCGAAAUGUUGUUCGAGCUUUCUUCGGGCUCGUGUGAGGACGGUGAAGCCUUCAGGUGCAGAAAUGGCCUUUUUGAAUCACCAUCACCACUCCGUCUUUCACCAGCGACUGCGGCAGCACAAACACAGAUGCCAGGCGCCAAGCCCAAGGCCAGGACGCUGGUAGCAUGCAGGCAGCUGACUGAUGGGAACGAGGCGGCCUCUCUCAAGGACCAAUCUCCUCUGCCGUUACUAACACUCACAGGGACUGUAAGUCUGGCAAGCACUGACCCCAGGAGGCCCUCUUCAGUCCAUGCAUCUAUCACUGGAAGAGCUUCAGUAUCAGCUGCUCAAUGGCAAGAAGCCCAAAGAUUGAACGGGAGGUCGGCUAGCAUCAUCAGAGAGGAAAAAAAAAGCCAGUAUUACAGAGACCUUAGCCGGCAGGUAGAGGAGAGGAAACAGCAGUUGGAAAGGGAGAGAAGUAGAAAUGCUGUUGAAGAACAAAAGCACAUUGACACCAUGCGGAACACCAUCUGGGGGAUGCCAGGAUGCGGCGCCCCAAACUACCACCUGGGCACAGUGAAACGGACCAAAAGCCUCGGCGACGCCGGGAUUUUACCCCAGGAGCAGACCCGUGAUAAAGGCUUCAGUGGGACCCCCUUCCACCGCCCGUGAAAUGAAGACCAUAACAUCCCCAAUCCGAGACCACUGAGAGCUACGGAGCAGCCAGGCAAAUAACACUUUCUGACUUUUGUCUUCAAGUAAUGUUAGCUUUGCAGCCAUAGAGAUAUUUGGGCUGUUUCAGCAGCAAAUUCUGAUGGUGGCAAAGAAUUACAGAAUGUCAAUAAACUCAGACGGAGAGAACAGAAACAUGUAGAGUAUGAACAACUCAAGAACAUGAAACAAGCUGCGUGUGUUGCUGCAUGAACAUCAACAUUUUCCACUUUGCAUACCAUAUACAAUAUAAGAAUGGACUUGAGGCCUGCAUCGAUUCUUCUCCGGGAGUGUGAGAAUGAUUUAAGCAUAGAUAUAAAACAAUGGAUUUAAGUCCCUCAGGGCAAGUCAACUCACAGUUUGCAUGCAGGGGUACUCAGUGAUUUAGUAUUACUGUAUACUUCCAUUUAGCUGGGGGACUUAGAAAAGACAGAUUUAAAUAAGAAUGGUCAAAAUCAAAGCUGCAAAAGAGGCUGAAAUAUCCUGACUUUUAGUCUUUAGUAUGAGUCAAGCUCCAAAAACACUGGAUACAAUUCCCAUAAUGCAAGUCAACAGCAUCAAAGUCAAGUCCUUUUAAUAAUCACUAGAAAGUAUACAGUCUUGCAGCAGUCAAAUUCAGGUUAAGUCUUAAAGGAAUAGUUUGACAUUUUGGUGAGAUGAGAAUAGGAUACCCCUCUCACAUCUGUACAGCAAAUGCGUAGCCAGAGGCAGCACUAGGUUAGUUUAGCUUAGCAUAAAUACUGGAAACAGGGAGAAACAGCUUGCUGGCUCUGUCAAAAAGUAACAAAAUCCACCUAUGCAAAGCUAACCGGCCAGCUUCAUGAGGGGUAUCAAUCUUCUCAUCUACAUCUCAGCAAGAAAGCAAAUAAGCAUGUUCUCCAAAAAUGUCGAACUAUUCCUUUAAAUGUUAUUUUGUGUGGAUUAAGUCUACAGCUCUGGUGUUAGGAGGGGUCUGGGAAUCAAAUCAGAAACCCUAUAAUUACAGGACAACAUGUUCAACAACUGAGCUGCAUGACAGAGCAACAAUCAGUGAACAAGAGGUUGAUUAACACACACACACACACACACACCAACAAACACACACUGCAAAGAUUGAUUGCUGGAAAGUUUGAGAUUACAUCAGCCUACACAGUUCAGUCAAAAAGUUGUCUUCCUACAGGUUUAAAUGCUACUGAUGAACUGAAUAUAUGUUGUUAUUUUAACUGAGUCACAUCUUUCUAGAAUAUUGUUUGAAAAGAUACUUUGUCCAAAAUGUUUCCCUGAUUGAUCUUUCAGGUAAUUUCCAGAUAAGUACAUAGUGAGGAGAGAUGACUCAUCCUCAUCUAAUUGCACGGCUUUGUUAGUGUGAUGUUAGCAAGCGCUUAUUUGGAACAGUUUACUCAGACUCUCUCAUGUAUUUAGUUUUCAUAGGCAGGGCUUUAUUGCGGAGGGCAGCAGCAGCUCUCCUCCUCAGUGGGUGAGUAAUUAUGAUGUAGGGCUGGUUGUAAGGGACAGUGAGAUACCAAUGGUUAGGCUACAAGGUUGGUAAUUAUACUGUGGAGCUCUAAAUUCGGACCUCAUUGGUCAUUGUUGUCUCAUGCAGACGUUGUAUACUAAAAGCAGAGAAACUAUUCAACAAGUUGGAACUUUAUGUGCUUUUACUAUUUUGUGAAUUAAGGUUUGAUGAAAAAGGAGCAUAACAACUGUACAAUCAGUUUUUAAAAGGCAUUUCAUCAACGUGUUUUCUCCUCCGUGUCGCGGAGGAUCUGGAGUUUAUCACGGAAACAGAAACUUUCCACCUGCAUUUGCUUGAACAGCAGCGGUUACCCCAUGUCCAGAAAGGUCAGAGGUCAUGGUCAGCAGUAUUUCAUCACCACGGCAGAAACAGGGGAGUCAGCAUUUUGCUCAAGGACACAAAAAAAAGUAAAGUAGGGCUGAAGGAUGCCUAAAGGUUCUGGCUUGAUCCUGUGUCAUCUGGUUGAAAAGAAGGACUCUGACCACUAAUCACCAUGCUGUUUAUAAACUGCAAUAUUUCUUUUAAGGCUCAGUGGUAACUUACCAAAGCCUCCUUUAUACCAAAAUUAUCUAUCAGUAUUAUAUUUACUAAUAUACCUAGUAAGGAUUUUUAUUUAGAUUUUACAGUGGUAUAGUCUUAAACCACAUCCACUCUUGUAGUCAGUGUAGUGGCAGAAUUAUCCCUUACUUAAGUAAAAGUUAUAAUACAACAAUGUAAACAUACUCCCUUACAAGUAAACUUGUACUGCACUGCAUCUGCUGCACUAUAAUACAAAAUGAUACUUGAUUUUAGAAAAUCCUUGAAACUGUUUUCAUUGGAAAGAGGUUAUUACUCAACUAUAGACUAAAAUGACUUGAGAAGGGGAACAAAAAGUUAUCUUAUAUUUUGUAUGAAAAAUCUUAAUCUGAAAAUGAACAAAAGUUGUCAAAUAGCCUAAGCGCAGCAAAAAAAAAAAAGAUUAAAAAGUGGAAGUAGCAUUAAAAUGGAAAUACUCAAGUAAAACACUUUCAAAUUGUACUUAAAUACAGCACUUGUAGAUUUGAACGCAGGACUUGUACUUGUAACUAAAGUAUUUCUACACUGUGGUACUUUUACUUGAGAAAAAGAUCUGAGUACUCUUUCCACCCACUGACCCUGGGAUACUACAGUGAUUGUGAAUGGAAAUGUUUUUUUUUGUUUUUUUUUGUAUUAUUGACAAAAUGCAGUACACAGAGAAUCAGGUAAACAGUAGUAGCACAUGAACAUCACGUGUACAAACUUAUGAAGAUACAAAUAAAAACAUACGAAGCAAUACAAACAGUGAAAAAAAACAGAAUCAUUACAUAGAAAAAAUAAAUAAAAAGAGGUACAUGAAAACAUGAAUUUACAAUUAGUCAGUGGUUUCAGGGGAAACAAGCUCAACAGUUUCCACAAUUUUAAUACUUUUUUUUUGUCAUCCAACGAUCUAAAGUGACUUUAGUAGAGAUUUAAAUUCGAUGAGAAAAGGUACAAAAUUAGGAGAUAAAUUGUGGAUGGAAAUGGUUAACGGUGCGCAGUCCGUGGUGACGUCACAUGCUGCCUGCUUUGGGACCGUAGACUUUUUUUCUUUUUGGGCCGCAGCUUGAACCAGGAGGACAAGUAUCCCAAACUAGGACUUUUUCUCCAACAGAUCACGAGCCGCAGCCGGAAAACACAUCCUCAAAA